AUGGCCAAGGUCAAGAGCAGCGCUGGCCCUCGUCAAAACAUGGCCGUGGCUGUAGCCCGGUUGCCCUCUGAACAAGAGGUCCGCGACGCUGGCAGGGAGUUCUUGCUUCGUGUUCUUGACCGUCCACCGUGGGCAUCCGCGAUCACCAUGCCUGCGAUCCCUCCUUCGCCCCAACCUCGUGCUCGAGGCUCACUCCGAACCCAUCGCUUCAACGGGCGCUACGGCACCCCUCGAGCUCAAGUCUCGCUGCAAAUGUGGAUGACCAGCCUCGUCUGUCUCCUGGUGAUCACGAUGUUGCAUUUCGGCGGAACUCACAUUUGGGUGCAUUUCGGCGGGAGACUGGCCUGCAGUCGUCAGGGCCCCAUCGUCAUCGACCACGUCCAUCCCACUGGCCAGGUCAUUCGCAUGCAAGAAUUUGCCCGUCACGCUGCCCGAGCUUUGAGCCAGGCACCAGAUCCGGGCUUGGUGUACAGUCCGGAGAUGCACGACGCCUUUGACACGUUCAAAGACGCGCUGGGUGAGGUGUGCCGCUUGGCAGAACUCAGCGCGCAACACACCGCAGGCUCCAUGGCGUGCUCCAUCAAGAUCUUCAGCCGCCAACACGGGCUGCAGUACCUUGUUCAGCUGAAUGCGAGCCUCGAAAAGGGGUUGGCCCGCACCAGGUCCCUACAGAUCAUGUUAUCACGCGCCAUCCAAGCCCAGCUUCGGAUCCGUCACAACCUCAACAGCACCCUCGGCCUCGUCACCGAAGAGAGGAGCAAGCUGCACAAGGACCUCUCGCAGAAAGUCUGGAACCUCAAACCGGGCGGGUCCCUGGGUGGUAGAGAGACCAGAAGGAGGAACGGCAAAGAACAGCGGGAAAAGAUCCUCGAAAUGCAGGAGAACGUGCUCGCCAUGACGCUUGAAGAUCUUGCCGACCUCGAAGGGACCCUUUGGCAGCUGGAGCUCCACACGAAACGCCAUCACGACGCACUUCUCCAGAUUCAGAGCGCAACCCUAUGUUCCAAAAGCUCGGCCUCUCCCUCCGCCGCCAGUGGGAGGGACGUCCAUGAUCCAUUUCUGACAGCCAAGGUGGAAGGGUGGUUUCUGGGCCCCAUGACGGCCGCCUUCGAAACACACUACCAGCGGCUGACGCCCUCCAUUUGGCUUACGAUUUCCACCCAGUCUUGGGCUUCACCGUGA